AUGUCGUAUCUACUCUACUCCAUCUCCGUCUUCUCCCUGAUCCUGGGAACCGUUCUCUUCUUCACCCGCGCCCGCUGGCUUCCCCACGUCCAGCAAAUACGCCCGCGACUCCCCGGCGCCAACUACCUCUACUCGCGGCUUCCCAACAGCUUCGCCGACGACAUUGAGGCGGGUCUGUCGAGCAGCAACUUUGACCUGUCAGGCAACGUCGAGGCGGGCGACUCGCGCGCGGGACUCGACGAUGCGGCCAAGGCUGAGGUCCUGGCCAUCAUGAAGAAGAGGAGGAUGAACUUUGACCAGGCGAGGAAGGUGUACAUGGAGAACCGAUUCAAGGCCAACGGUAUUGGUGCCGACGGACGGCCGAGGGAUCCCAAGUUUGUGAGCUUUUCAUAA